AUGGGCCCAAGGCGAGGUCGCCGAAGGAAUGUUGUUGGCGACGAGGCUGAAGCGGCCGAAACACAGGUGCUGACUGAUCCAAAUGCUCCAGAAUUCCUGUGUUUAGGAGCUUUUUUGAAGUUCAUUGAUGACAUUCAUCUUCGCGCCUCAUGUGGCGAAUUAGGGUUCCUGUGCCAUACUUUCCCAGGCUCUUCGAAAGAUUGCCAUUAUAGUUAUGCUGCAUUUUUGGGAAAACUUUUCUUUGCAUUUUGGCCAUUUGAUGGCAUUCUUAGUGGAAUUUGCAGUAAUCUCUUGAAACUCGAAUUGCUGCUGCCGACCAUAGAGGUAGAAGUUGAGCAGUUCGAAACAAUGGCCGCCUCCGGAAAGCCGGAUCAAAACUACGGCGUAGAAAUGUAUGGAUUCCCAGAUUUUGUGCAUGUACCCGCUAAAAAGGCACAUUACGAUACAUGGAGCACAAGAAGUAGCAGUGGAUGCAGCAGUGGCAGCAGUCCGAAUCACCUGGAUGAGCUUCACGUGGACAUCCCACACUCAUCGACACCGUCUGUUGCGUCUACCAGCACUGCGUCACAUCCGUCUGCUGACACCACACUAAAUGUAAAGGGCGAAGUUGCUCCAUCGCCAACAUUUGCCGAUCUAAAGCCUGUAGCUCCGAAAUCGGGUACAGCAGUAAGCGUAUUGACCCGAGUACCUGAUACGACGGUUGUCUCAACUUCUGCUUAUCCUGCUGAAAUUCCUCAGUUGUCAGCAUUUCCAAGUUCAACCCAAACAGGGCUCGACAUAGUGGCUGCGUCGGAUACAGUGGUUCCGGUAGCUCCGGUACCUAUUCGCCCUUCACCAACUCCUGCGGAGACAGGGACUAAUGGACCUGAGAUCACUCAUGAUGCGCGAUUUUCGAGUUAUGCGGAAUUCGAAGACGCGUUUGAAGCGUGGAAAAGAAAGUGUUUGCAUCCGUUCCGUGUUGCUUCAUCAGAAACCCUACGAGAACCGGACGGCACAGUAAAUCAUCGAUUCAAGUACCGCUACGUCGUCUUUCACUGUGCUCAUUACGGAGAGCCGAGAAUGCGAGGAAUUGGAAAACGUCCCAAUCAACACUAUCUACCAUCAGGUUGUAGGGCCAUGCUACGGCUGAACUACAGCUUCAGUGAACAGCUGCUCAAAAUUACGACACUCCACGAUGAGCAUUUGAAUCACGAGGUCUCCGCCGAGAUGUACCGCAAGGUGUCAGCUAAGCUGAAGAGGUCAUCGAUAGGAACUCCUUCUCCAGCAAAUAAGCGGCAAAAGAUGGAUUCCCCAGCGCCAUCGCCGUACAACCAGGAUUCGUCUUUAAAUCAGAAUACUCCCUUGGCAACAAAUCCGCCUCUUCAUGGAAAUACUCCUACCAGUGGAGCCAGCGCGCUAGCGCAGAUGUCAUUGUCACAGUCGAAUCAGAUGGCGAACAUGGCGAUUGCCCUUCAGCAACAGCAGAUUAUGGCAUCCUUGUUGAAUCAGCAAAAGGAGAAUAUCAAUCUGGCCACAGGACUGUCUUCGCUUGGUAUUCCAAGACCACAACCACCAUCAAUGAUCAACAUACUGAGUAUGAUGGGUCUCCAGCAGCGUUUGCUUCUACAGCAACCAGCUUACGGUUUGGUGGCUCCGCUGACUCAACAGGUCACCUCGCCACCUGAAGCACAAUCAAUUUCUCAUGCUGAAGGAAAACCAAAUGUUUUGGAUAGAGAAGCGGGGCAAAGAUAUUCAUCAAAAAACGAUCUACCCGCUCCAGUAGCAGUCAAGCCAAACUACGUUUCGGCGGCUUCACAAGUGGAUUCAUCACCGCCUCAUCUGGUACCUGAGGUCCCGGUUACUGCUGAGCAGACAGUUUCCUCGACGACACCAUCAGCAACAGCUACACUGGCAGCCUCUUUUGAAGAGUCUCUGGCGCGACUUCGUAGUGGCACCCAUGAUGCGGAGCUUAUGAACCGUAUAGCGCAGCUCAAUUCCCUGUCGACCUUUUGGGGCGCUCCGACAAUUCCUGAGUUCAGGUAG